GACCCCCUCGUCCCAAUCAGACUUUGCUCCACGUCAGACAUCUGAGGGGAGCCCACAUACGCAGCUCCUCUCCCCACAGGGCCUCCCUUUUCUGGGUCAUGAAUUUCCAGAGCACUGGCUCCUCCUUUUGCUGGGCUGGGGAACUUCGUGUCUCUUCCCCCUCUCCGGAGCUUAGGGACACCUGGGCCCAGCUUCCCCAGGGAAUUCAGGGAUGGGGUUGGAGAGGAAGUCCAGUGCCAGAUGCAAGGUAGGUAGGGUAGGAAUCUGCAUGUAUGCAGGAAAAGACUAAUCUGGUGCUAACUGGCAUGGAGGCGGGGUGAAAAUUACGGGGACAAAAACCUCAUUGGGCCCAGGGUCUUAGCCAUGUGGCUUUCCCAGAGGCAGAGGGCAGCGCCCCCCUCACGCUCAGGGGCCCAGCGGACUGGCCUUUGACCCCCACCCCAGAGACCAGUGAACCAUUAACUCCUUUCCACUUGAACCUUCCCACACUGGCUCCACCCAGCCUCACCCAAAGGCAGGUGGGCUAGGAAGAGGGGCCGCGUCCAUCUCUGCAUGACGUGGCCUCUGCUCCGCCUGGACAUCUGGGCACAAGGAGGCUGAGCCUGGGUUCCCCCUCCUUCACGCCGGAACCUCUUAAUAUCCACAGCAAGGCCGACGUCACUACUCUCCCGGUGCGAGUGGGGGCACAGUCCUCAGGAUGUUCCGGGGGGAAUAGACGCUGGAACCGGAGCCUGCAGCCCAUCCCCCUCAGUGAUGGGGCCCCCUGGGAGUCACCUGCUGGCUGCUCUGUGUGUGGGGGUGGUCUCAGGCUGGGUAGGGGGCUCAGUCCCCAACCUGGGUCCUGCGGAGCAGGAGCAGAACCAUUACCUCACCCAGCUGUUUGGCCUCUAUGGAGAGAAUGGGACGCUGACCGCAGGGGGCCUAGGACGCCUUCUCCACAGCCUGGGGCUAGGCCGAGUUCAGGGGCUUCGCCUGGGACACCAUGGGCCUCCCGGCCGGGUGGCACCCCCAGCUGGAGACAAUUCCACACACAGGUCGCAGGAGCCCGAGCUGAGUGUGGACGUCUGGGCAGGGAUGCCCCUGGGUCCCUCAGGGUGGGGUGACCCAAAGGAGUCCAAGGACCCCCACCUGGUCCCAGGAGCAGCCCCCUCGGGCCUGGACCUCUUUCACAGGCUUCUGAUGCUAGACCACUCGCUGGCUGACCAUCUGAAUGAGGAUUGUCUGAAUGGCUCCCAGCUGCUGGUCAAUUUUGGUCUGAGCCCCGCUGCUCCUCUGACUCCUCAUCAGUUUGCUCUGCUGUGCCCAGCUCUGCUUUAUCAGAUUGACAGCCGCGUCUGCACCCAAGCCCCAGCCCCAACACCCUCGGCGGAUCUACUGUCUGCCCUGCUUCACAGUGGCCUGGCAGUCCUGCUGCUCAGCCUCCCUGCUCCCCUCUCCCUGCUGCUGCUGCGGCUCCUGGGACCUCGUCUGUUGCGGCCCCUGCUCGGCUUCCUGGGGGCCCUGGCCGUGGGCACUCUUUGUGGGGAUGCACUGCUACACCUGCUGCCACAUGCACGAGGAGGGUGGCACACAGGAGCUGGUGGGCGCCCAGAGGAGGACCUGGGUCCAGGGCUGUCAGUGCUGGGAGGCCUGCUCCUGCUCUUCGUGCUGGAGAACAUGCUAGGGAUUUUGCGGCACCGAGGACUCAAGACAAGAUGCUGCAGGCCAAGGCGGAGGGAUGUCAGAGCACCACACCUGGACCCAGAAGAUGGCUGUGGGAGGGCCCUUCAGCCCCUACAGGCAGCUCCAGAGCCAGGGGCUCAGGGCCAGAGGGAGCGGGACAGCCAGCCCUCAGCAGCCCCGGCCCCCAUCGGGCACCAAGGCCACAGCCACGGGUGCCAGGGUGGCAGUGGCGCCAGUAUCACGUGGAUGGUCCUCCUGGGAGAUGGUCUGCACAACCUCACUGACGGGCUGGCCAUAGGGGCUGCCUUCUCUGAUGGCUUCUCCAGUGGCCUCAGCACCACCCUCGCAGUCUUCUGCCAUGAGUUGCCCCACGAACUUGGUGACUUUGCAAUGCUGCUCCGGGCAGGGCUGUCUUUUCGGCGGCUGCUGCUGCUGAGCCUCGUUUCUGGAGCCCUAGGACUAGGGGGUGCAGCCCUGGGGGUGGGGCUCAGCUUGGGCCCUGUCCCCCUCACUCCCUGGGUGUUUGGGGUCACUGCCGGGGUCUUCCUCUAUGUGGCACUCGUGGACAUGCUCCCGGUCCUGCUGCGCCCUCCCGAGCCCCUUCCUACACACCACGUGCUCCUGCAGGGGCUGGGGCUGCUGCUGGGGGGCAGCCUCAUGCUCACCAUAGCCUUGCUGGAGGAGCAGCUAUUGCCCCUGGUCUCUGGUGACUGACGGGGGGGAUGGGUGGGGGGCCAGUGGGAAGGGGUCCAGGCUGCCCCUCCUUCCCCCCAGCCACAGGAAUGGAGGCGGGACACAGGGCCAGUAGGAGCAACAGGAUUUUAAUAAACAGAACCCAUCCCAAAGCCAUGACUACGACAGUUGUACUUGCACCAAAACAGCAUAGAAAACCAGGUUGUGGUGGGAGGGCUUGAAGCAGGUUAGGGGAGGACAUGAGCAGGGGCCUGGAGGGUGCAGGGUACAUCAGUCUGCGGGAGAGCAUUGUGCUUUAGCCCAGGGAGGAGGGGGAGAGGAGGGGCGAAUGCACCGAGGUCCCCACUUGUUCCUGCUGUCCUCAGCACCCUGGGGCUGCAGGCAUCUGGGCAGAUCUGCCCUUUAUUGCUGCCCACCAGCAUUCAACACCCCCGACCCCAGCACUAGCACCACAGGUGGAUCCGGGGCAGGGAUAAGGGCAGGAGUGGGAACAACAUUGCUUAGAAAGAUUCAACUAGAACCAGUGACUUGUGCUCAGUUCUCUUUACUUCCUACAACCGAGUACAUGGGUCACAGGUGGAGGGUGCGGCAGGACACGAGCGUGCCCCUCUGUGCCCCCAGCACACACCUGCACACAGGACGGUGGUGUCUGCAGCAUCACAGGUCAUGCAGGGCGUGGGGAAGGGGAGGUUCACACACACAUAGAUGCCCACAGCGGGUACCAGACAGAGAACACCCCUGAAUAUACACAGCUGUACAUGGGGACCCCCCCAGGUCCCCCCCAACCCUCUCCCCUGUCUUGCCAUCCCCUAGGCAGGGGAACUGUAUUGCUUUGAGAGAGCCACCCUGGGGGCUGCUCUGCCAGGCACCCCCUUCCCAUCCCCCCCAAUUUUGGCACAUCUGCAAGACACACGGCAGCGAGAGUAGGCACCUCCCCGCCAGGCUUCUGGAGCUUGGAGCUGGGGAAGGGGGCAGGAGACUUCAUCCUCCAUCUUUCCUUUAGCCCUUCCCGAACCCCUGCCAAACCCACUCCAGCUGGAACCCACCCCACCCCCUAACACACACAUACAAAGCUGAGUUAUCCAAGAAUACGAAGGGAACAAGGAGAUUGUCCGGGAUGGGAGCGGAGGUGGGGGGAGGGGGGACUGGAAGCAGAGGACCCCCCCCUCCGGCAUGGGGGUAAGACUGGCACAACAGCUACUUUAGUGCAAUUGGAGAGGGUGCCCAGAGUGAGGGAUGGAGAUGGGAGGGAAGGCUCUCCCCAACUUCCCUGGGGGCAAACUCAGGCUUCUGGGUUCCCCAGGGAAAGGGCCAGGGGCAGAUCCUAUGUCACCCGCCACCAUCUGCCCUCCCAAAUGCAGUGACAGUGUCCCCCUCACACCUAAGUGGGCAACAGCAGCCUCGGAGUCAGUACCUUCAAGUAAUUCAGAGAGCAGACCUCCCCACCCCGGCUUCCUCCCGUCUCUGCAUUUGGUCGCUACUCUAGGGGUUGGGUCGGGAGGAGGGAGUCCCCACGUCAGAGCCUUUCCUCUCCACCUCCCUCUUCCCAGACCAUGGGGCUUGGUCCUCAAAGAUUCCUUACCUCUGCCCCUGCCCAACUUAGGGCAAGGCCAAGGAGGGCAGGAGCCACCACGAUUAGAGGGGAAGGGGCUGCUUUGCUCCUGGCCCUCCUUAAAAGGUAGGGUUUCAAGCUAGGUGGGAUGGGGCCGCACUGGCUGGCCCCAGGAGUAGGGUUUCCGGGCUAGGGUCUGUAAGGCUAUUUUCCUUUGCGGUUGGAAGGGGAGGUGGGGAUGAACACUGGGCGUAGGGAGGGGGUGAGAAGUGGCUGAGGGGAAGGAGGAAGAGGCCCCUCCGCUGGAGUCCAGUCACUGGAGCCAUUAGGACGAAGAAACACUCAGUGCAUAAGAUACAGAGUGUGCCCACUCCAAGUCCUGCCAGCCUGGCCCCAAGCCCAUCUCUCCAGGCCCCGGAGGAGGUUUGGGGAUUACAGCUGUAGAACCGUUCACUCUGGCCUCGCCCACCCUACCCCCAGCCUCUUCUCCCCUUCCA